GUCGUCUGCAUCAGUCAUGUGACGUCAAUUUGUGGCCAACCAUCUUGCAGUGGUGUAGAAGAAAUGUUGGUGGGGAUAGAAGUGUAGUGUGAAAUGUAGAAAAUUAAUGUGAAUGUUUAUUUUAUCAGUUAAUUAACUAAUUACAUAAUAGAGUGUUUUUGCAUGCACACCGCUAUUGAUUUGGUACGAAAUGUAAAGGUUAAAUUGGAUCAAUUAUGAACAAUUUUGUUACUAUAUAAAAGAGGAGAAGAAACUGAUUUUGAACACCCCAGAAUUGAAGACGUUAAACUUACCAUAAUACAAAUCUUCAUAAAACUGAUAUUUUAAGCUACACAAGCAUUACGUCCGCCAUGAAAGCAGGAUGACAAUGGUUAUAAAAGUGGUUAGUGUAGGAUCGUCUAUAGGCGGGAUGUUGAACAAGUCACAACGUCUCUUGUUGGGCCUCUUCGUCCUGCUGCUAGUUGAUGUUAUAUGGGUUUCGUCGUCGGAAUUGACGAAGUAUAUAUAUCAUAAUGAAGAUUUUGAAAAACCUUUCUUCAGCACAUAUGUGAAGACAUCAAUGUUUACUCUGUAUCUACUGGGGCUGUGUUUUUGGCCAUCUUGGCGAGACCAGUGUAAUAAACCUACCACAUACAUGUACAUUGAUCCAAAUGUGGAAGAUGAAAACUUCUAUACAGAGGGAAAUACAAGUUUGAGUGAUCCUACAUUCGUCCCAAUAAAAUUUCCUGAUCCAAGUGACAGAAGUUCUGGAACUGAGAGUGAUGACUCAUCUGUAAAAUCUGUACGCUUCAGCAAACUUGCUGAGGUUCGUCACAUGUCAGAGACUGAUGCAACUGAAGCACUCCUGGCACGUCUGUCAUAUCAAGCUAGUGUGCGUGCAGGAGAAGUAGCUCGGCGUGCUGCUAGUAAAUUCCCUAUACAGAAAGUUGCGAAAAUUUCUCUUAUGUUUUGCAUUUUGUGGUUUAUUGCCAACUAUACGUAUCAGACUGCUUUAGCUGAUACAGAAGCAGGCAUCAUCACAGUUCUGUCUUCAACAUCCAGUUUGUUUACACUGAUAUUGGCUGCUCUUUUUCCGUCGAACCUGGGUGACCGUUUCACUCUGUCUAAACUAGUAGCUGUAUGUAUAAGCAUCAGUGGGCUUGUGUUGGUGAGCCUGUCAGAUCUCACGGUUGAAGUGAAGGUUCCAGCAGGAGCUAUUUUGGCUCUAGUCAGUGCUUUCUUUUAUGCUGCAUAUUUGGUCUUUUUACGUAAGAAGGUAGAUCAUGAAGAUAAAAUGGACAUUCCUAUGUUUUUUGGAUUUGUUGGGUUGUUCAACUUACUGCUGUUGUGGCCAUUAUUCUUCCUUUUCCACUACAGUAAGUGGGAACUGUUUGAAUGGCCUACGCGGCAUCAGUGGACAUUUCUAUUACUCAAUGGCUUGGUUGGAACUGUACUCUCAGAAGUACUUUGGCUCUGGGGCUGCUUCUUGACAUCAUCACUGAUAGCUACAGUUGCCAUCAGUCUCACAAUACCAAUGUCCAUGUUUGCCGAUGUGAUGUUUAAAAGGGUGAAUUAUCCAUCCAUGUUUUACAUUGGUUCUAUACCAAUGUUUCUUGCAUUCUUUGCGGUAACAUUGCUUGCACAUUAUGAGAACUGGGACCCUGUGAUGGAAGGUAUUCGGAGGUGUUACAUCUUUGUUUUUAGAAGAAAUCGACCAGUCAGAAUCUCUGACUGUGAAGAUGAACAAACAGAGUCAUUGAUUGGAAUCAACUCAGGAGACCAUGAAGCAUAAUUUGCUGUAAGUUUCUUGCUUACAUUAUGUAAUGAAACGGAUUCGUGAACUUAUUUGGUCCCUUGCAGUGGUUUCAAGACACAAGAAUUUGCGAGGAGUAACAGUUCAUAAGGAAUAUUGGACUGAUAUUUGUCAUAAUAUAUGUGAUGAAUGUUAGAAUGAUGUUUCACGUUUAGAAGUUUGCAAGAUAAAGAAUAUCAGUCAAUUUUGAACAGUUACAUGGAUUGCAAUGGCGGUAUUUUGAAGCACUGUGCUAAGCAAACAUAAUAAACCAAUUAGCUGAGCAGCUGCAGUAUUGAUAUUUUAUUGCUAUUCGCUGUGGUUUUCAGUAUCAACUAAACAUGUACUUCAGGGAAUCACAACUCACUCAUCUGUGUGUCUGAUGUAAAUCACAAAUUUUAGUAUCUUUAACUUAUUGUAUUGAAGCAGGGCUGCCAAAUUUUGCGCUUGACUUAACGUUGUGUUUUUACAGUGCAGAGAUUAACUGUAGCCAUAAUUAUCUUAUUGGCCUCACAUGUUGACUCGUUGCUAGUAUGCCUGAUCUGAGUUCAUGAGGCACUAGUUCAGAGUUCAGCUGUAUGCUAUCUGGAUUGUUCAUGGUAUUGCCCAGUCUAACUAGGAGUUGUCAGAUUCAGGCAUUGAAAUCAACCAUGAGUGCUUUCUCUCCCGUUCAUUGCGCAUAAUCAACCCAAUUCCAUUUGGCCUGUUAAGUCUGCUCCCCCAAGCAACCGAAAUAUAUCUUGUAGUUACUAUAGGAUUCUGACGAUGGUGUAUAACACACUGAUAUAUUGGGUUUUUGGACUUUAUCCAUCAU